GACUUCUCUUCUGUAUCGAGUACCCAAAAUCUGCCACAAAUACGAAACGCCGCGCGUCCAAUUUUCGACAUGUCACAACCUGAUUUUGAACCCGAAUGGAUCUGGGGAGACGACGCCGAAACGACAGUGUUCGCCCAGGGCUAUGGCUUGGGAUUAACCGUCAUAUUCAACUUCGUCCGGGCCCAGGAAAAGCCGCCUUCUAGCCUAGCGAAUCGCAUUUGCACAAGUUUUCACGGGAUCGAGAUGGCGGACGAGAAGGACCCCUUUCCGGAUUCAAGCGCUAUGCGGGAAGCGCUAUGGGAUGCUAUUCAUACUGUGUGGCCGCGCUGUAACAAGGAUCCGCAAAUCUCGAAGCCUAAUGCUGUAGUCAACAUCGACAGAGACGAUGACUCAUCAGAAGUCACCUGGAGCGUCUAUCACCAUCCCAUGUUUCCACGCUACGUUCAACAUCUUGCAGACGAGCAGCGUCGUCUUACCACUGUUGGCAGAAGCCCGUUUGUCCUCAAGCCGACCGACACGGUGGUCGAUUUCGGGAAGCUGAUCCGAUUCGAGCAGCUCGGGGGCCGCGGCUGUGCCACCCGAGGGAUCGACUUCCGGACGUUCCUCGCUCAUUGCGACGGGGAAGACGACGCGACAAUCCGGUUCAUGAUCCGAGCAUGGCACAAGUCAAACGAGCUCCUCAGGAAGAUGCCGCCCCAUCCGAAUGUGGCGCCAGCUCCCACAGCCUUCGUCACCAUCAAGGUUCCCGAAAUCGGCCCGGGAACCGUCGUCUGCGGUUGCCUCCAGCCACUGUUUCCAGGAGGCGAUGUUGGCGACCGCGUUGAGAAAACUGUAGCGCACACCCACCGGGUCGCUCGAACCUAUCACAUGGACAUUAAGCCUGGCAAUUUCCUGAUCGACGAGAACGACAAUCUCGUCCUAGGUGACUGGGAGCAGACCGACGCGCCGGCCACUACCCUAGCCCCAGAAGCCGACGGAACAUGGGAUGUGGAAGAAGCAGCGAAGAACGAAGACAGCGCGGCUCCCUCUUGUGACGAGCGUCCUCGGCCGCAGUUGCUAUAUACGAAGUAUUCCGGCCCCCCACGGCGCAACGUCGACGACGAGCUUGGCGACUAUAGCUGGCACUCUUGGAACGUGUUUCCCGUUUGGAACCUUGCGCAUCCGCUGGCCUUGGAGCUUGCAGAGGUUUUUAGUUUGGGCGGGAGCAUGUGGAUGCUGCUUCGACAACCGGGCAUGGAUUUCGAGACUUCGGACAUACCGGAGCGCUGGGGAGAAAUGGUUGAUCGCUGCAUGUCGAAGGAUCCAAACGAACGGCCUGACGUGGUAGAGGUAGCUCGGUUCUGGGAGGCAGCCUGGGAGGAGGCUUCAUAG